AUGAAGUCUUUCCUCAAGACCGCCAUUGGCGCCUUUCUGCUCGCCGGGAGCGUUGCGGCUACUGCCGUUGAAGACCCCAUUGAGAUCUUCAACCGCCAGGCUGCUGGUGUAGUCAUCCGCCAAUGCAGCCGACCUGGUGUCAUUGCACUUGCCUACGACGAUGGUCCUGGACAGUACACUAGCCAGCUCGUCGACAUCCUUAACAAUGCUGGUGCCAAGGCCACCUUCUUCUGGACCGGAAAGCUCUACGGCUGCAUCUACAACGGCGCCGCUGCCGUCAAGAAGGCCUACAACGCCGGCCACCAGGUCGCCAGUCACACCUGGACCCAUCCCUCCAACUUCGGCAGUCUUAGCACCGACCAGCUGAAGCAGGAGAUGCAGCUUCUGGAGCAGGCUAUGGUCAACAUCAUCGGCAAGAAGCCCGCCUAUAUGCGUCCCCCUUACCUCGCCACCGGCGGAAACGUCCUGCCCACCAUGCAGCAGCUUGGAUACAAGGUCAUCACCAACGAUGUUGACUCUGGCGACUGGAACGGACAGACUGCUCAGCAGAGCGAGCAGAAGUUCCAGCAGGCUGGUGCCGGCGGAAACGGCCACAUUCCUCUCAUGCACGAGACCUACGCCAGCACGGUGCAGACUCUCACCCCCUGGUUGAUCAACUGGGCUAAGCAAAACAACCUCAAGCUUGUUACUGUUGCUGACUGCCUUGGAAACGCUGGCGGUGCCUACCAGUCUGGUACCUUCACCGGUAACGGACAGAACACCUGUUAA